AGCAGGCCAGCGUUUUCUACAAUGUAAGUGCUCGCAGACAGUCCCACCCCCUUUUGGAGAGCGCUGACCCGGGGGGCCAGAUGCAAGACGCGUCAUCACCAUCCAGAGAAAUCGAACGGGAUCGAAACCAGGGCGCCUAGUCACCAUUCUGACCCGGAUAGUGUGCAAACGUCAUCCUGCUGAUGAUGUCUGCGACCGUUGGGCUCUCCAACAAUGCCUUCGAGUUCCAGACGACAGCGGCCUUUCACGUCUUCUUCUCCCUAUACUUCUUGCCGGUCUUGCAUUGCUCGGCGUUAGCGGCUCUCCACACUUAUCGGUUGCGAUGUACACGCUCUCUUGUCUCUAAACGAGUUACGACCUGGACAGAGAGAAGGGGGGGAGGGGUUGGUGGUGUGCUUUUGUGGAAGCGUCCUCUGGAGGCUGAUCCCCGUUUGAUAUUAGAUUUCAGCGAGAACAUUCGUUCUUGUUUAUCCUUUGGGAGCUGUUUCUUCGUCUUUUGCAUUGUCUAUAUCUGGUGGCAGGGCUACUCGGCGGUCUGGAAGACGUGACAUCGAUGAUUGGACACGGGCCUCAAAAGUGGACUGUCUCUGUUUAGAAACGGAUAACUUCUCGGAGAAUACAGGUUCCUGGCUUCUUCUUCUUUUCUUUCUUUUUUUUUUUUUGUUGUUGUUACUUGAAAGUUGUGCCCGGCAUACGGUAGAGGGGGUUGGGAAGCCGUCCGCACUCCUGGCUCUAGUCUUGUCCAACAUGCCAUCCAACGAGACGGGGACAUAACCCCCCCCCCCCCCCCCCCCCCCCCCCCCAAAAGACC